UCCUGUGGUUAGACAGCCCAAGCAGCAGAGAGGUCCAUCAUUCGUCUUCCUUUUUUUCAUCAACAACCCAGAAUGGAUUUGGAUAGCUGGAGAUGGGCCAGUUUUGUGUUACUUUUCUCCCAAGAUGCUCAAGGUAUAAGCCUGAAAGCUUGGAAGAAGAAACUUUUGGCCCAGGUGACUGACUCAGAUUGGACCCUUUGGAGUGGGGGGGGGAGGUGUUUCUAUCUUCACUUUGAACUAAGCCUGGCUGGGCUGUUAUAGGCUUCGGUGUGCAGGUUGCUCUGGCCUGUGUUUGAUUCCAAGUUGCAGGGCCAAAAGCCGCCGGCAUCCCCUUUGCCUCUCAGCUGAUGGGAAGGGCUUUUGCUGCACACAGAUGCCUGUGGCACUCUUUACCUUCCCACCUAUAUGGAAAUCUGGCAGCAGAAAUCUGUUGUCACUGAAGCUGCUCCUGCGUCCUGCAUAACCUGGUGGGAUGUUUCAGUGGGUUGAGGGCAGUGGGUGCCAGUGGGUGAGGCACCCAGAACAGGACCAUCUUUUAGCUGGCAGGAAGCCACCUGUUUAUGGUGAACAAAGGCCAUCUGGGGCCCAAGUUCUCCUGUUGUGGAUACCAGCAUGGUUGCCACCAGGGCCCGCAAUCCAGGGGUCCCGGGGGAGGCGGUGCCUCCUUGUUUUAGUAUGCCGGGAGCGGUUCCUUCCAGGUUCUUCUAUCCCAGCUGCCCCCCUUUGAAGGAGGCAGAGUUGAUGGGAGCCAGCCAUCCAGGCGAGUGGCAGCCGCAUUCGAGCUGCCGGUCCCGGGGCUAAUCAGCCACUUCUGUCCUCUGGGACAAGCGUCCUAAGGACGGGAGAGGGGCACCCUUAGCGGGGAAAGGGCGGCCGAAGGGCAGAGGGUCUGCUAACGCGCCCUUUCCGGAGACCUCCGAGACGCCGCCCGCACCCACUGACUCGCCGCGGCCGGCCUGAGAGCGGAGAGCCGAGGCUGGGGAGGGGCCGCCCAGCUUCCGACGGCAGGCGGAGCGAGGCGCGGGAGGGAGCGCCGCCUCCAAAGGCCGGCGGUCGCGGACGAGGCGGAGUCUGCCGGGCCAGUUUUGGAGCGAGCGCCCGCUGGACCCCGACGCGCUGCAGCUCUCCGCCACCGGCCGCUGCUAAAGGCGCUUCCGCGCUCGCUCGCUCGUUCUCUAGUCCUGCCGCCGCGGUGCCCCGUGGUGUCCAUGGCUGCAGCGAGACGGGCGCUGAUCGUGCUGGCCCACCAGGAACCGGCCUCCUUCAACCACGCCAUGCAGCGGGCGGCCGUCGAGGCGCUGGAGGGCGCCGGCUGGAUCGUCGCCGUCUCCGACCUCUACGCGGAGCGCUUCGACCCGGUCCUGUCGCGCGCGGACUUCGCCGGUGACCCCGACGACCCGCGCAGCCUCAACUACGCGAAGGAGGCCGGGCUGGCCUGGAAGGAAGGACGCCUUCGAGGCGACAUUCUGAGCGAGAUGGAGAAGCUGGCAGCCGCCGACCUCGUCCUUUUCCAGUUUCCUCUCCAUUGGUUUGGCCUCCCAGCCAUUCUGAAAGGCUGGUUCGAUCGGGUCCUCGUCCAGGGCUUUGCCUACUCCUACGGCGCUAUGUACGACCAGGGGCCCUUCCAGAAAAAGAAGGCCGUGCUGUCCUUCACCACUGGCGGGAUGGGUUCCAUGUACACCCCAGCAGGCAUCAAUGGAGACAUUAACAUCCUGCUCUGGCCAAUACAGAAUGGCACCCUUCAUUUCUGCGGCUUCCAAGUCUUGGCUCCCCAGAUUGCUUUCAGUAUUGGCCAGCAUACUCCGGAGAAUGUCCGCUCCCAAAUUCUGGAGGAUUGGAAGAAGCGACUGAGAGCCAUCUGGGAAGAGGAGCCUCUCAGCUUUGCCCCAAACAGCCUUUUUGAGUUGAAUUUUGCUAAAGGCUUUGUGCUAAAGAAAGAUGUCCAGGAAGAGCGGGAAAAGGAAAAAUACGGGCUGACUGUUGGCCAGCACCUGGGGAAGCCAUUCCCACCAGACAACCAGAUCAAGGCCCAGGAGAAGUAUUUGCCCCAUUGAGAAGCUGUGUAGGAUUGCAGUGGCCAUGAGCCCACCUCACCCUUCUUCUAGAAAUUAGCAGGUGCAGGGAAAGGGGCCUCUCAACUGGGCCUUCCUGAGUGACUGCUCAGCCAAGGCAGUGUUGGGUCAUUCAGGUAGGUUUUCCAACCAGCUCUGUUCUCUUGGUGGUGUAAUUGUGGGGUUCGAUUGCCUUCAGAGGUUGCCUGCCGAUGGAAAUUAGAGAAGUCUGCUAGCACUGCUUCAGCAUUCAUGUUGCCUAAAACCUGGAAAUCUUUUCUCUUUGCAUAUUUAGGAUGCCGUCAAUGUCAAUGCCUGCUUUUUAAGAUCCAAGUCUAGCUGCUGAGACUAAUCUGUCACAUACUAGGUAUGAAGUGAUAAUUGCCCAUCCUUUUCUGUCUGUAAAUGUUCUUAAUGAAAUAAAAGCCCUGAAUAUGUA